AUCGCAGUUUUCUCACGGCAUAAGCGCCCCCUUGUGGUAAAAGUAUAAUGCUUUACCAACUUUAUUCUCUAGAUCAAACAGAAGUUUUGCAUUUAUAGUUGUUUUCAGUUUAUAGUAUGCUUGUGAACGUUUAUUAUGAGUAACUAAAACUAUUUGACAAAAUUUUGUCUUAGCGAACACUGGGGUGUUCUCUUGCCUACUCAAGAUUCAUUCACGUAGGCCUAGUCUUCGUCCGCCAUCUUGAAUUAUUUGUGCAUUGUCCGGUUGAUGCUUACAGGUUACACCACGGCCGCUUUAUCGAAACCAACAAUAUUCCGUGUAAAUGGACACGGUAAAUCAAAGUUCAGGUCAAUUUUAGUUUGGAGUCAUGGAGCCCGAAGAAGACAACGGUUGUCCCUCACAGGGCCAGAACCUCCAUGAUCUACAGAACUAUCUGGUCACUUUCAACAAAGAAAUCGAGUCGGGCGAUGACGUGCUGUCCUCCAUGGAUGUGGAUGGGGAGGUGGGCGACCUCUAUAACCCAACCAGCGGGAGUUCCCUGCAGGAGGCCGGGGAGCCUGGCGUCUCUGGACAGUUUUCAUCUGGCUUCUACUCAGAGCAAGGUAUUCUGGACAGCACCCUUGCUGACGAGUCUGCGCAGCAGAUGCAGAGCUUGGUUGGCGGGGCAGAGGGUGACGCAGACAUUUCAGCCGCAAUCAAACAGGAAGUAGGUGCCAUGGAGAUGGACGCGGUGCAGGCUCAGAUUGCGGGGUUUGGUGACACUCAGUUAUCACAAGGGCCACUGGAUGUACAGGCUGGAGCCAUGUCUCAGGGUCUAAUAAUGACAUCUUUGGGCGACAACCUUGACCCUGGAGCUGGCAAGGUCAUCCGAAUCGUGUCUCUGGGAGAAGACGGUCAGUUUUUGUCUAUGGCUGAUGGGCAACAGAUGCGGAUCUUGAGUCAGGAGGACCUGGGCAUAUCGUCUGACACGCUGAGCUCCACAGACGCAUCUCUGGGUAUUCAAGGGACGGAUUCCGUCAGUGUGGGCACAAGCUCUGCUGGCUCGUCCUUGCUGAGCACUCUGGCGGGUACCCCGUCUAGCUCAGCGAGUGGCCUGGUUAUGGACGGUGGCCUCGGGGGUGUCAUGGUGGCGGCGGUCAGUCAGCCGGAGUCACGGGGAGCCGCCCAGCUCUUCUCUCUGCCUGGUGCGGGUGACGGUGCGCAGACCAGACUCGUCUCUUUGUCGCAGGGGGCCACUGCUCUAACGCCAGAGGCUCUGCAGAUGUCGGGUUUGCUGCCCACGGAGAGCCUGGGAGGAGAGCUGGGCUACCAGACCAUCACCAUCAUGCCCUCGGAGCUGAACCAGACCGGUGACAUGAACUAUGUUCUCAUCAUGGCUCCGACAGACGGCGGUGACAAGGACAUGUCCUCACCCAUCAACUCCCAGGUCCUUGACCUUAAGCAAGAGACUCAGGAGCUGUCGGAGGAAGUUGUCGAGAUCAACGGAGAGAUGAAGCGGGUGCUGCGCAUGGUGCCCAAGAAAUACGUGAGCCCGCUGGGUCCCCAGUUGAUGUGCGACUACUGCAGCUACACCAGCCCCAAGCGCUACCUCCUUACCCGCCACAUGAAGUCUCACUCGGAGGAGCGGCCUCACAAGUGCUCCGAGUGUAACCGCGGCUUCAAGACCCCGGCAUCCUUGUUGAACCACGUGAACACCCACACGGGGACUCGCCCGCACAAGUGUAAAACGUGUGAUGCAGCAUUUACAACAUCAGGGGAGCUGGUCCGUCACAUUCGCUACAGACAUACCUUUGAGAAACCACAUCGCUGUCCGAAAUGUGACUACGCUAGUGUGGAACUCUCCAAGCUGAAGAGACACAUGAGGUCACACACUGGGGAAAGACCAUAUAAGUGUCCUCACUGCCCGUAUGCCAGCCCAGAUACAUACAAGCUCAAAAGGCAUCUGCGCAUCCAUACAGGUGAGAAGCCUUACGAGUGCGACGUCUGCCAUUCCCGGUUUACGCAGAGCAACAGCCUGAAGGCUCACAAGCUGAUCCACACGGGGAACAAGCCGGUGUUCCAGUGCAACCUGUGUCCCACCACUUGUGGACGCAAGACCGACCUCAAGAUACACUUCAACAAACUGCACACGGUCGGCUCACCGCUGGAGUGCAAGAAGUGUGGGAAGGUCUUUUCUGACAGAUAUUCCUACAAGCAGCAUGUCCGCUCCCACGAUGGUGACCGCUGCUUCAAGUGUGAAGACUGUGACUUCAUCGCAAACACUGAACGGGCCCUGGACCAGCAUGCAGCCAUCCACUCAGGGGGUAAGAGGUUCGAGUGUAACGUGUGCCACGCCAGCUUCAACCUGCGGCAGAUGUUGGAGAAACACAAGCAGUGGUGUACUUUAGAUCUGGAGUCACUGGAGGAUUCCUCAUCCACGUCUACGGCUAAAAGGAAAGACACGGAGGAAGAGGCAAGCAGUGGCCAGUCUGUCUUGUACAAGAGUCCUCUGGGCCGACCACCUGGCCCUAGCAGCAACAAGGAAGGGCCGCGGGGUGAGGACAGCAAUAGCAACAGUGCGGCAGAGUCAUCAUCGUCAUCAUCAGGGCAGCCGCAGGGUCCCCCCUCGGCCAGCGACACUCUCCAUCGUAACCUGCUGCAGGACAUACGAUCAGGAAAACUGGGUGAUGUGCCGCAAGUGGUCAUCGUGCACCCAGACGGGUCGUUGGAAGAAAUCUCAUCAAAACUGCCGGGGGCCAAGCUGAACCUGGAUGACAUUCUGUCCACUCUUUCCAGUGCAGAGAGAACGGACCAAAGUCCAGGCCAAAGUCUGCCUGCCCCUAGUGUCCCAGAGGCAGAGGCAGACCCGGGGGCCGAGAACGGAGCGGUAAAUCUCCUCUCAGAUGACGCAGACAGCGACAAGGAAGAAGACUUAAGCUCUGAGGCAGGGGACAAUGGAGAAUCAUCACAAUGUGAAGCUGGCACGCAGGCAGAGCUGGAGUCUGAUACAGACUCCGUGGAGGACGAGGCCAGCAUGGACUCUGUACCUGACAAGGCUGGGGAGAACCACACGGACAAAAGAAAUGUGUCGGAGGGCUCUCUGGUGAACAGCUCCGGUGCAGAUGGUCACCAACACCCGUCUGUCACGAUGGUCACGUCUGCAGCAGCCAAAGCCAGCGUGAUGAACCCUAUGAUCUCUGAACUCAACCCAUCGACGUUGUCUGUGGGGGUUACGAUGUCCGGGGCGGCACCACCUCCUCCACUGGUGUCCAUCUCCAUACCUCCCUUAUCCACGUCCUCCACAACUCUGCCCAUGGUGUCUGUGCUUCCCCCCAUCUCGGCCUCUGUGGCAGGUGAGGUGGCUUCUGGGAGUUCUGUGUCGCAGGACAAGGACGCCGCGAGCGGUACCGGCUCCAACAGCAACCCGCAGUACGCAGUCAUCAAGGGUUACACGUACAUGGGGGACAACUCUGACCAGCCCACCUUUGUGAACCUGGCGGUGGACAGAGACUCUGUGAUGAACCUGUUCAUGAGCCUGGGUCAGCACGCAGCAGUAGGCGGUCAGUCGCUGUCCUUGCCCGUGACGGCGGCCGCGGAGAUGGCUGGUGGUGCUACGUCUGCAGCACACGCGAGUCUGGCGCUAGAGGGCACUGCCGCUGCUGCUCCGACCGAGGAAGGUGGUUCUGCUAUCCCGGCCACAGUGCAGCUGUCUGAGCUGACCUCAUUCCCUAACGUUUCGGCUUCUUUUGUUCUUGGCCCGAGUGAAAUCGGCACAGUUAAGCUGUCGGACACAAACACUGAUCAGGGAGUCGGGGGUACUGGGAAGGACAAAGUUGAUCAAGGCUCUGAUCGGACAGAGAGUGCGGGUCAGGUGUCGGUUGUUCAGUUGAGGACAGUGCAAGACUCGUCAUCAUCAGAUGGUAACGAAAGGGAACAAUGUGGGGAGGGGGAAGAACUUUCUUCCAGUGGAUUUGAAGCCGAAGGAGAAAACAAUUCUAGUGACAGAGAAGAUGAGUUCGGGGAGCCUAAAAGUCUUUCAUCCUCAUCGACGUCAACUGUUGUGUCAGUAAAUGUCAGCCUGACUAAUGCAGAUGUCAGCAAAUCAAGACGGAUUUCAGAAAAACGUUCAGGGAAUUCGCCAUCUUCAGAUCAAUCUGGAAAGAGUCGCAGUGCGCCUCAUAAUGUUCAACAACAGAAUCAGGAAGAACAAAGAAAAAAUUCAAAUGUUGUCACUGGGAAAAUGGAUCUGGUGUCGCCAAAGAAUGUGAAAGAGACAAUCAAGGUUGAAGUAGCGGCAGAGGACAGCUCAAAGUUGGUGCAAAAAAGGCAAGGAAGAAAGAGAUCUGCGGCUGAUCCCUCUCUGGUCAUGUCUGGCAAGAGAGUGAGGAAAGCCCUUGUCAAGGUCAGCUUAUGAGACGGUUGGGAAGAGCCUGGAUACUUCUGCUUGUUGCUGAGAGACUGUUGGGAAGAGCCUGGAUACCUGUGCUUGUUGCUGGGAGACUGUUGGGAAGAGCCUGGAUACCUGUGCUUGUUGCUGAGAGACGGUUGGGAAGAGCCUGGAUACCUGUGCUUGUUGCUGAGAGACGGUUGGGAAGAGCCUGGAUACCUGUGCUUGUUGCUGAGAGACGGUUGGGAAGAACCUGGAUACUUCUGCUUGAUGCUGCUGAUGAAACAGGACUGCAAGAUACUGUGCUGCCACUGAGCCACAUCACGCUGACAGUCUUCAUCAUCGUCUCAGCUUGGAGUAAACUUUUGAUCCUGUACCAAGCAGUUUAAUUGCUAUGUCCUUUGCUUGUUUGCAGCGCCAAAGUUCCUAAGUAAGAAGAAAUGUUCUUCAGUCUUUAUUCAGUGAUGAGAUGCGUUCAAUCAAGCGCCGUGCUUGCAUUCUGUGUAUGCCAGAGCACUAUGGGUUUCAUGGUACCAUAUUGCAGUGCCAAGGCAGAGUGACGUAUCUGCACUUUUUAUGAUUUUGAGUUAGUCACGCUGCCAUUAGAAAUAUGGGCAUGACCCUUCAGUUACGUCUGUUUGCCAUAGUGAAAUAUCCUUUUUGUAGUACAAAUACGUCUUCCUGCCUUUGACACAAGAUGCAGAAUGGGUGUAGGUGUCCAUUUAAACGAAGAUACAAAAAUCAAUAAUUUUUGCAGAUACGUCGGUCUGCCUUGGCACGGCAGCAUAGUGAAGUCCUGCGUUCAAAGUGGUCGAGUCAUCGUAGAAAGUUGAAAAGUUUUUUUCAGCCCCCGGAAAAGUGUUUGGUAUUGGUUUAGGUGUUUUCAAGAUUUUUUACCUUCUCACAAGACUGCUGAGUGACUUGUGGCACUUGCAAUGUAGGUUGCUAGUCUAAAGGCUCUCUGAUUGCUUUGGAAGGCUUUGAUGUUGUCGAGCAUGAACAUGACAUCCAAGAAGCCAAGUGCAUAUGGGGGAAAUGCUGCAUAUACCUUGUUGCAACACACACGCAGAGUAUCUUAUUGCUCUGUCCCCGCGGUUUUAUACCAAAAAAAUUCCUGAAAUUGUGCAAAAUGUGAAAUUAUGCGAUUCUGAUAAUUUUAACAAGGAAUGAUAAAGAAACAUAAUCACAAAUUGUGUAAAAAUUGAUAAACAUUUUGCUAAAUCAUGUGGGGUUCAUAAAACCCCGGGGACAGAUAGCUGGAAUCUCCUCGCCAAGGUGUCUCCUGUGCUUGCACAUCAUAUUCUGGCUUUUCUGAGGCUACAAUAGUAAGGUGUAUAUUUUCAUCUUUUCAUUUUUGUUGUUUUGG